GGCCGGGCCGCUGGGCCUGAAGGACGCGGGGCACCGGCCACAGCCGCCCCCUCCUCCCUGGACCCGAAGCCGCCUCCAGCCGGCCCCCGGCCCCGGCCCGUCGCCGGCCCGUCGCCGGCCCCGUCAGGAACCCUUCUGAACCCCGCCGGGACCUGCGGCCUGACCGGGGACGUGCGGGAGUGGGCGCCGAACAGAAAGUGACUCCUAGUCCCGCCUUCUCCGAGGCCGGCGCUGCCGCUCAAGAUGGCGGAAGCACACCAGGCCGUGGCCUUCCAGUUCACGGUGACCCCGGAUGGAGUGGACUUUCACCUCAGCCGCGAGGCCUUGAAGCACAUCUACCAGUCAGGCCUCAACUCCUGGAAGAAGCGCCUCAUCCGCCUGAAGAAUGGCAUCCUGAGGGGUGUGUACCCCGGCAGCCCCACCAGCUGGCUUGUUGUAGUCAUGACAACAAUGGGAUCUUCCUACUGCAACGUGGACAUCUCCAUGGGGAUGGUCUGCUGCAUCCGUAACUACAUCCCGGAGGGGUGCAGCCGCUACCUGACCCCGCAGACCCGGACGCUGAUCAGCGUGGGCAUCUUCUCCACGGGCGUCUGGAUGGCAGGCAUCUUCUUCUUCCGCCAGACGCUCAAGCUGCUGCUGUCCUACCACGGCUGGAUAUUUGAAAUGCACGGCUGCACGAGCCGGGUCACCAAGAUUUGGGCCAUCUGCGUCAAGCUCCUGUCCAGCCGCCGGCCCAUGCUCUACAGCUUCCAGACAUCUCUGCCCAAGCUGCCCGUGCCCAGAGUGGGGGCUACCAUCCAGCGGUACUUGGAGUCGGUGCGGCCCCUGCUGGACAACGAGCAGUACAAGCGCAUGGAAAAGCUGGCCAAGGACUUCCAGGAGAAGACGGCCCCGCGGCUGCAGAAGUACCUCGUGCUCAAGUCCUGGUGGGCCACCAACUAUGUGAGCGACUGGUGGGAGGAGUACAUCUACCUGCGCAGUCGGAACCCCAUCAUGGUCAACAGCAACUAUUACGCCAUGGACUUGGUUCUGACCAACCACAGCAACGUGCAGGCAGCCCGGCUGGGAAACAUCGUGCAUGCCAUGAUCAUGUAUCGCCGCAAACUCGAUCGUGAGGAGAUCAGACCCAUAAUGGCCCUCGGCAUCGUGCCCAUGUGCUCCUAUCAGAUGGAGAGGAUGUUCAACACCACCCGCAUCCCGGGCAAGGAGACAGAUGUGCUACAGCACCUCCUGGAGAGCAGGCACGUGGCAGCCUACCACAAGGGUCGCUUCUACAAGGUCUGGCUGUACCAGGGCUCCCAGCUGCUCAAGCCACGGGACCUGGAGCUGCAGUUCCAGAGGAUUCUGGAUGACUCCUCCUCACCCCAGCCGGGCGAGGAGAAGCUAGCCGCCCUGACGGCUGGGGGCAGGGUGCAGUGGGCCGAGGCUCGCCAGACCUUCUUCGGCUCGGGAAGGAACAAGGCCUCCUUGGAGGCUAUCGAGCGCGCCGCCUUCUUCGUGGCUCUGGACGAGGAGACACACCACUACGAUCCUGACGACGAGGCCAGCCUUAGCCUUUAUGGCAAAGCCCUGCUGCACGGCAACUGCUACAACAGGUGGUUUGAUAAAUCCUUCACUUUGAUCGCCUUCCAAAAUGGCAAGCUGGGUCUCAACACUGAGCACGCGUGGGCUGAUGCCCCCAUCAUGGGGCACCUCUGGGAGUUCACACUGGCAACGGAUGCUUUCCAUCUGGGCUACACCGAGACCGGGCACUGCCAGGGCAAGCCCAACUACGGCCUGGCACCACCCCAGAGGUUGCAGUGGGACAUCCCUGAGGAGUGCCAAAAGGUCAUCGACAGCUCCUAUCAGGUGGCUAAGGCCCUGGCGGACGACGUGGAGUUGUACUGCUUCCAGUUCAUGGCCUUCGGGAAAGGCCUCAUCAAGAAAUGCCGGACCAGUCCUGACGCCUUCGUGCAGAUUGCGCUGCAACUGGCCCACUUCCGCGACAAGGGUAAGCUCUGCCUGACAUAUGAAGCCUCCAUGACUCGCAUGUUUCGAGAUGGCAGGACCGAGACUGUGCGAUCUUGCACCAGUGAGUCAACUGCAUUUGUGCGGGCCAUGAUGGACCCAACAUCUGACAAACCAAAACGACAGGAACUCUUCCGGAAAGCUGCGGAGAAACACCAGAACAUGUACCGUUUGGCAAUGACUGGAUCUGGGAUUGACCGCCACCUCUUCUGUCUCUAUGUGGUCUCCAGAUACCUGGGCGUGGAUUCUCCAUUCUUAGCCCAGGUGCUGUCAGAACCCUGGCGCCUCUCCACCAGCCAAAUCGCCCAGUCACAAAUCCGCAUGUUCGACCAGGAGAAGUACCCCAACCACCUGGCUGCCGGAGGGGGCUUUGGCCCAGUGGCUGAUGAUGGCUAUGGGGUUUCGUACAUGAUUGCUGGGGAGAAAACCAUUUUCUUCCACGUGUCCAGCAAGUUCUCCAGUCCCGAAACGAAUGCACAGCGGUUUGGGAAGAAUAUCCGCCAAGCCCUACUGGACAUCGCUGCCCUCUUUGAAAUUCCCAUCUCCAAAGGAGCCAGUUCACGGCCAGAGGAGGCCAGCUGACCUCCAACCACCCCUGCAUGGAGUCAGGGAGGGGAAUCGUCCCCCGGGAGGCCAUCCGUCCGUGAGCACACCUCUGCCCCCAGGGGAGCCAGCAUUAGGGAAGGAGGCCUGGGGGCCGCCCCCACCCCCACCCCUGCCCUUGCCCCACUGGGCUUGUCCCGGAGCACAGAGAGAAGGGCAGGACACAUUUAUAUCUUUUUCAGUAGAUGUCGAUUAAAACAAUAUGGAUCCUUGGGCAGCUCUGCCCCACCCACUAGGUAGCAGGCUUGGUUUGUGUAGUUAAUGGGAGCCCGGGUGCUGACUGAGAGGGAGAAAAGCCCCACACGAGAGUCUUUCUCUGAAUCAGGGAGUCUUUGAGGGUUGAGGGACUGGGCGGGGGGCUCACAGGGCAAAGCCAGGAGCUCAGGGCAGGGUAUAAGUAUAGUUUGUCUGAGGUGUGACAGACCUUCUUCACAGUUCACUAAAUAAAUUUGUGUUUCAAAACAGA